GGCUAGAUUUUGUCCAAUUCUUUACGUUGCAGGACCUCAGUGACUUAUUGUUCAAAAAUAUUCUACUAUGGACCCUUGAAUAGUGAAGGAUCAUUUAAAUACAAAGAGUUUCUGGACUGUAUAGUCAACCUAUGUUGUAUAUAAUGUGUGCCUGAUGUUUUUGAUUGCAUGGUGAGGCGGAUGGAUUGUGUCUAUACGAUGUGCAGACAUGCUUCCCUUCAGGGAGGUGUUGAGGUGAGAAUGCCGCCUCCUCCGCCAUCCAGCCCAGCUGCAGCCUCUCUCCGACCACAAACAGCCGGGCCCCCUUUGCUGGCCUGGUGGAAACAAGCUGACAGCAGAGUGAAGGGUUGACGUGGUCCAGUGAUGCCGCUCCCGGUCACUGGUCCCCCCGCCGUGCCCCCACCAGACGGCGGUUGGGGGUGGGCUGUGGUGCUGGCAUCGUUCAUCUCCAUCGGCUUCUCUUACGCCUUCCCCAAAGCCAUCACAGUCUUCUUCAAAGACAUCCAGAUCAUCUUUGAUGCUUCCUACAGUCAAAUCGCGUGGAUCUCCUCCAUCAUGCUCGCCGUCAUGUACGCCGCAGGACCCAUCAGCAGCAUACUGGUCAACACUUUCGGCUGCAGGCCCAUCGUCAUGAUGGGGGGCUGCCUGUGUGCCGUCGGCAUGACCCUCGCUUCAUUCUGCACCAGCGUGAUGCAGCUUUACCUCUGCAUCGGCGUUAUCGGAGGACUGGGGUUGGCAUUUAACCUGCAGCCAGCGCUGACCAUGAUAGGAAAAUACUUCUACAGGAAGCGUCCCAUUGCAAACGGGCUGGCCAUGGCCGGAAGUCCGGUGUUCCUCAGCUCCCUGGCUCCCCUCAACCAGUAUCUUUUCAACCACUUCGGCUGGAGAGGAAGCUUCCUCAUCCUCGGCGGUCUGCUGUUGAACUGCUGUGUGGCCGGCUCGCUCAUGAGGCCUCUGGGACCUCCCCCGUCUAACGUCAAAAAGGCGGAAACGGUGGCCACUUCGGAAAAGAGUACCGCGUGGGAAAUCGUCAACAAGUACCUGGACUUGACGCUCUUCAGGCAUCGCGGGUUCCUCAUUUACCUAUCUGGGAAUGUCAUCAUGUUCCUGGGAUUCUUCGCACCAAUCGUGUUCCUCGCCGCCUACGCCAAAGACAUGGGCGUGGACGAGUACUCCGCCGCCUUUCUCCUCUCCAUCCUGGCUUUUGUCGACAUGUUCGCGAGACCCUCAAUGGGUCUGCUGGCCAAUUCGCGCUGGGUCAGGCCCAAGAUUCAGUAUUUCUUCAGCUUCGCCGUGCUCUACAACGGCGUGUGCCACAUUCUGUGCCCCCUCGCAGAGAGCUACUCCGGGCUGGUGGUGUACGCCAUUUUCUUCGGCUUUGCAUUCGGCAUGGUCAGCUCGGUGUUGUUUGAGAGUCUCAUGGAUCUUGUUGGUCCUCAGAGGUUCUCCAGUGCUGUGGGCCUCACCACCAUUGUAGAAUGCUGCCCAGUCCUCCUUGGUCCACCAUUAGCAGGGAAACUGGUGGACGUCACCAAGAAUUAUAAAAGUAUGUAUUUUUGCUGCGGUGCCGUCGUCAUCCUGGCGAGUAUUUGGCUCUUCAUCGGCAACUUCAUCAACUACAGACUUUUGGAUCGUGAGCGCAAACAUGCCGAGCAGUACAAACCGACCGGUACGGAAGACCCGGACGUGGUUCGGAAGGAGGGUGAUGGUGAGGCGACGGUCGAGGAUGAGCGAGACGAGGAGAAAGGCGAGAAGCUUAUGCAGCGGGAAACCAAUAUGUAAAUAAAAGACAGCCAUCUUGUCUACUGUAGCUUCCCUGAAGAUGGUCGGAAAUGAUCAAACUGAAGCCAAGAGGUGCCUCGCGGUGUUCCACCAGGCUCUAUUCAGGAUCCUCUGCAACUCUUCCAAACUGCCAAAGCAACAACUGCUGCUGAAAUGUAUCCAUAGAAGAAUAUGACACUUUAUGCACGGGAAUGGCGUCAUAUUAGAGUCAAUCAAAGAUGCUAAAAAUGUUCAGAAAAGCUUCUGAAUAGGUCCCAGAUAUAAAUGAAUGAAUUUUUGGCGAACAUGUCUUUCAGUAACUUAAACAGAAACUUCUGAAUGUGGUAUCGACGCGGUGCCACAUUUUAUAGACAACCAGCUGCAAUUGUAGGUGGGAACUAGCAAUGGUACGAUCCAAACAGCCAUUGUCUGUUCCUGAUUAUGUCUUGAAGUCUUCCACAUCUUCAGGUGUGGACGACCGCUGAGCGUUAUUGUUAAAAGAAAGAGGUGAUGUCUUUGCUGAGCGGGAAAUGAAACAAAGUCAUGUUUGGCAAAUACAACUUGGAGCACUGUAUGACUGGUACUGCUAUAACAACGUAUGCUGCACUUACUCAAGAGACUAUAUGCCAUAUAUACAGUACGUCACCUAACACUGUUUUCAUCCAAUGUAAUCAAGAUGAAUGUACUUCCCUCUGCAAGCCUUAAUAAGGUAUUACUGACCAAAAUCAUCUGCAUAAGUGUUUUCCCCCCUUCAUUAUGUGGUAUACAGUGUUCCCUCGCUCUACCGCGGUUCACCUUUUGCGGAUUCACUGUUUUAGCAUUUUAGUUUUUAUUUUUAUUACAGCGUAUAAAUGCUGUUAAUGGGCGAGCCUGGCCCUUUAAGAAUUGCAAUGUGGGAAGUUGAGUGUCUACCUGUUCCCUCUCGCGUCUGUCUGCACCGCCCAUUGUUUCUGCAUGCUGAUUGGCUGUAGACCAUUGUCAAUCUCCUUUUUGCCGUCCUGCCAUGUCGCCUAUGUCAUCGCUAGCUUGCUCGCUAGCUUGUAAAUGAAUCGGCGGUUCCAACUGCCGCAGUAUGUUUUAAUUUAACAAGGAUACAAAAACGCUACAGUACAGCGGAACGGCGCCAGGACGAAAAGGCCACGCUCACAGGAGUGAAAUAUGCGUGAGUGACUGAAUCAUUUCAUCAUUAAAAAUCAAACGAAGGAUUGAACUUUUUUGAAAGUUUUUAAACGAGAGAAAUGCAAGAAAAUGUUGUUGCCUGUGUGAGAAAAGUGUAUGAAGUGUAUGGUGAGGGGUUUUACAGCCUUAAAACAUACAUAAUUGUAAAAAAUGAAGUAGGCUACUUUGCGGAUUUCACUUAUUGUGGGCUAUUUUGGGAACCCAUCCCCCGCGAUAAACGAGGGAACACUGUACUGUCAUAUUUGCAUGUAGAAAUCAGGAAGUGUAACUAUUGGCUGAUGCAUUGCCUUAAAUGUAGUAGAAUGACAUGUUACUGAAAUGGUAUGUAAUCACAUGACAUGAUUUUUGGGGGGUGCCCUAAUGAGUAUUUAAAUGACAUGUUUUUUUUAAGUCCACAGUGGUCCAGUCUCUUUUUAUAAUAACAUAAUUUAUUCUCCAUUCAGCUGUGUUGUUUGCACCAAAGACUGAUAAGAAUGUUCAAUUUUUCCCAUCACUUUUAUACUGCUGUAGAGCUAAUAUUGACCAAUGACUGUCCAAAUUGGGAAAAUAAUGAUAAUUCACAAUUUGGUUUCGACUGAUGCAGUUUUAUUUCAGAAAAGUUGAGUGUUUGGCAGUAUUUGGAUAUUUUUGCAUGUUUUGUACCAUCACUGUGGCUUGUGAAUGUUGUCUGGAAGAUCACAAUGCAAACUCUCCAAUGGUAGUACAAUCACAUUUCCCCCUAAGAACACUGCCCCCUGCUGGUGGCACACCGCCAGCACCUCAUAAUCUUACCUAAUGUCCAAUUAAGCUACUCUUGACCUUUAUGAAUAACUGCUGCAGGCUCAGAACUGUGUCUAUGUUCGGUUAUUAUUUUUGCAAUAUUUAUAUUUUUGGUGCUGUGAUGGCCGUUAUUGAAAAAGAAAAUUGAAAUUGCUGCUGGAGAAAAGACAUUCUCCUUUAAUUGGAGUCAGACAUUUUGCUGUAUUUGACUUCAUUUCUUGGAACAAAAUAGUAAUGUAGCAUGCUGGGACGUCUAUAUUUUUAUGCAUAUUUUUUUUUUGGGGGGGGGGGGCACAGACGAAUUAGAAGAAUAAAAAACGUUUAACUAGAAUAAUUAAGAGCCUCAACUAUCAUCAUCUUGAUCGAGAAGAAAGUAGUAUCUAGUGCCUUAUUGUGCAUUAUUAUAGAAUCUCAUGUUGUGUCGCGCAAGUUGUGAUCUUUAGUGUGCAUUCCCUAUUUGUGUUUCUGCAGUGUUUCCAAGUCAUGAACAGUUGCUUUUGUACAGUUGGCUCUCGCAAUAUCGCGGUUUGAUUAUUGCUCCCACACUGUUUUUUCUGAAAUUAAUAGAUGAUCGCUGUUUCCUGGUAGACUAAUGAAAUACAAGUGAUAUGUAGUAUUGUGGUCACUAGGCGGCAGUAAUGACACAAAACAUUGAGACCUUAGCUUACCUUACAUUACAUGAAGUCAUGAAGGCAGCCAUGGCAUGUCCGACAUGAUAGAGUGGGAGGAAAAGAUCUUCUACCAUUCGGUGUGGAAAUGGUAAGUUUUUGCCUUAAAGAGUUUAGAGGAACUAAAACCAAGGCUAACUGGCGAGCUCGCUAGCAUGCUAGCUUGCUAGCUAGUGGCCGUCUCGAGUCCCUGCAGCAUAAGAGUUCCGCAAUGUGUUGUAAACUGUGAAAAAUGGGACUGUAGGCUUGUCAUUUAAUGUCUACCGGGCUCUAAAUCUUAAUAACCGUAUUAAGAAAGUCAUAAAUAGGCUUUCUAUGCUCUAACUACAAAACUACUAUUAGCAUUGAAUCCUGUAUUGUGCAAAUUCGUUUAUCGCAGUUGGGUCUGGAAUCAAUUGACUGCUAUAAACGAGGGACGACUGUACAUGCAGUUGAAUUUGUUUUUUAUGUGUAUGGCAUUAAACGCUAUUCAGUCAGAUUGUAUUUUUUCCACUACCUCUGCAGACGCCAUGUCACACUGAAGUACCACACGGCUGUAAAAAAAACCAACAAAAAAAGUGUUUUGUAAUAGUCAUGUACCUGUAGUCACAAUAUCCCAAUAAAGUGUAUUCUGGAUAUGCAA